UGGGGGUUCUUACUCGGGCCCAGAGGCUUGGGAACGUCCCUUGUCCGGCACAUUUGUGGGGAGAAACCGGCCGCUAAGCAUCAAGUGAGAUGGGAUCUACUCAGGGAAUAACAGUCCUGGUUACUCAGAUUUCGUGAGAGCACGGAUCGGAAUAUAUUUGAGGUUGACGCCUCGCCUCGUCCUUCAUCACCGUCAUCUUGCCACCCCUGACUCAAGUGCUCUCUUCCAACCUCCCCAGACUUCAGUCUGUGGUCAAACCAUCCCACCAUGGUGCAGAUCUCACUGGCAGCACUACUUGCCACUGCUUGGCUCGGUGUUGCAUCGGCAUCGCCCACGCUCCAGCCGGUAGUUGGCCCACGCCAGGCUCAAACUAGCUUCUGGUACGCCAAUAUUGACCACACCUCCGCGAACAUCCGCGGCUUCGCGCCCGAUCUCGACGGCGAUUAUGUCUACGAGGUCUUCCGCGCUGUCGCCCCCGGUGAUGGAGCCGGUAUUCAGACUGCUAUCAAUGCGGCGACCAACGGCAGCACCAGGCACGGCCAAUGGUUCGCUAGCCAGCCACGGGUUGUCUAUAUCCCCCCUGGUGAGUACAUCAUUAGCGAGACAAUAAAAAUGAAUACCGACACAAUGAUUAUGGGUGAUGCCACCGACCCCCCCGUCCUCAAGGCCGCAUCCGGCUUCGCCCGCGAUGGCACGCUGUUCUCCGGCCAGGAUCCGACAACUGGGAUCUCAGGCGAGCUGUCGUUCGCCGUCAGCCUCAAGAACAUUGUCCUUGACACCACCAAUGUUCCUGGGGACGCCCCCUUUGUCGCGCUCUGGUGGGGUGUUGCGCAAGCCGCCCAUCUUCAGAACGUCAAGAUCCGAAUGCCCAACUCGAUUGAUGGAUCUGGACACUCCGGUAUGCGUCUCGGUCGGGGGUCUACGCUGAGUGUGUCGGACGUGCGAAUAGAGGGUGGCCAGAACGGAAUCUGGUACAACGGCCACCAACAAGCCGUGUUCAAGAGCAUCAGCUUCUUCCAAAACACCGUCGGCAUGCUCAUCGACGGCGGCAGCACCAUCAGCAUCAUCAACCCGACCUUCGACACCGUCGGCACCGCCGUUCUCAACACUGGCGGGUCUCCCUGGAUCGCCCUCGUCGACGCCACAUCCAUCAACUCCGGCGUCACCCUCAAAACCACCUCCUGGCCAAGCUACCUGAUCGAAAACCUCAACAAAGACACCCUCCACACCAACAUCGCCGAAGGCCCCGCCGACUUCACCCUCCCGGCCCAAUCCCACGUCGCCCAGUUCACCUACGGCAACACCGUCAACCGCGACCCCAUCUACGGCCCAACCACCUCCCCGCUGAACCGACCCACCGCCCUCGCCCCCUCCGGUGGCUGGUACCCAGCCCUCCCAGCACCCAACUACGCCUCCACGCCCGUGACCGCCUUCCUCAACGUCAAAGACCCGGCGCAGAACGGCGGGCGCACCAUCCUGGGCGACAACACAAUCGACGAGUCGGCCGCGCUCAACGCCAUCCUCCGGCUCGCGGCCGGCCAGUCCAAGAUCGCCUACUUCCCCUUCGGCAAGUACCGUGUCGACUCGACGCUGCUCGUCCCGCGCGGCAGCCGCAUCGUGGGCGAGGCGUGGGCGACCAUCGUGGCGCGCGGCGCCUUCUUCAAGGACGUGGCCAACCCGAGGCCUGUCGUGCAGGUCGGCGAGCCCGGUGAUGUGGGCGUGGCGCAGAUCCAGGAUAUGCGCGUGACCGUGGGCGACGUGCUGCCCGGGGCGAUCUUGAUGCAGUUUCAUAUGGCCGGUGCGCAGCCGGGGGAUGUGGCCGUGUGGAAUAGUCUGGUGACGGUGGGUGGGACGCGCGGGGCGGCGCCGCUGACGGAUGCGUGUCGGGACGCGGCGGCGCAGUGUAAGGCGGCGUUUUUGGGGAUGCAUUUUGCGAAGACGUCGUCCGUGUAUGUGGAGAAUGUGUGGAACUGGGUGGCGGACCAUGUUACCGAGGAGUUUGAUGGUGGGAGUAGCUUCGCGGCGGGGAGGGGUGCGUUGGUGGAGGCGACGAAGGGGACGUGGCUGCAUGGGCUGGGGUCGGAGCACUGGUGGUUGUAUCAGUUGAACUUUCGGAAGGCGGAGAAUGUGUUGGUGACGAUGCUGCAGAGUGAGACGAACUACGACCAGGGGGAUAAUAACCUGAUGGUGCUGCCCGCGCCAUGGACGGUGGACGAGGCCGGGUGGGGAGACCCGACGUUCGCCCACUGCGCGGCGGGUGAUAAGAGGUGCCGGAUGGGGCCUGCAAACUAUUUCAACGGCGGCAAGGGGAUUCACACGUAUGCUUCGGCGAGCUGGGCCUUCUUCAGCGGGCCGGGGUAUCAGGGCUGUGCCGGGACGUUCGAGUGUCAGAGGCACAUGCACUUUGUCAAGCAGACGCCUGUGGGACUUCAAGCGUUUGGCCUCUGUAGCAAGGAUGCGUAUGCUACCUUGAGGCUAGAGGACGGCACCGACAUUGUCACUUCGGAGGGAUUCACCGGGUCCUGGCCGGGCGGAGGAGGUGAUGUUGCGCGAUACACCACUUAGGUGAUCGGACAUGUAUGGAACAGGUUAUACAAGGGAUAUAGCGGCCUCACCUGAUGACUCUCUGCUGGGAGCGAACCGCCGCUUCCGUGCUAGCCUUUCGGUUAUAUGAGCGUCUGGCUGUGCACAUGCCACUUCCGCAGUCAUGGUUCCCCCGAA